AUGCUGAUGAUCUUCUCGGUCGACUCGCGGCACCACGGCGUGGGGCCCGUCAAGUACGCGUGGGACCCGCACGGCGACUACGUGGCGUCCUCGGGCACGUCUCGCGUCGCCCAUAUCUUCGGCCGGCGCGGGAAACUCGUGGAUCAGAUCGUGCCGCCCUCGCCGAGUAUGUGUACGUUACUGGAGUGGAGUGAAAAUGGAGACAUUCUGGCCAUUGUGCAGGCCAAUUCGUCGUCGCUGGUGCUCUGGGAGCCCAAGAAGAUCCAGCAGCAUCAGUUGGUGGACUUGCCCUGCAAGGACGUGAGCUUCAUCAAGUGGUCCAAGUCGCCCAACUCACUACUGCUCGCCAUUGGUACCAAUCGGGGCCAAGUGUAUAUUUACGACCACGCCACGGGCACCAAGACCCAAGUUGCCAGCAAGCACAAGCGUCGGAUUUUAUGCGGAGACUGGAACCUGGAAGACAAAUUUGCCUUUGGAUCGGAAGAUCGGCAGAUUACUAUCUGCUUGCCGUCGGGGCGCACAUUUGACCAGGUUAAGAUCAAGGCCUCUCCUCAGAGUGUCACGUUUGGGGGCAAAACGGAGGAUAAAGACGCCAUACUGUCGGUGAACAUGGGUGGGAAAACUAUUUUGCUUUACGACCUGAACGAGCGGGAGAACGCGCUGGAGCUGGCCUUUCAAGCGCGCUACGGCAAUAUCGUGUCGUAUCAGUGGUUCGGCAACGGCUACAUCAUUGCGGGCUUUUCGUCGGGUUACGUUGUGAUUAUCUCCACGCAUCUGAACGAGAUCGGCCAGGAGCAGUACUGCGCGAAGUUCCACGAGCACUCGCUGCGUGAGAUCGUGUACAACGAGGCUAAUGGGACUGUGGCAACGUGCGGAGACAACUGCAUCAAGGUGGUGCGCAUGAGCGACUGGAAGGAAAUUGCCGUGGAAUACUUGGACAGCGAGCCCACAGCUCUGUCUUCGGCUGGUGCUGCCGCCGCUGGAUCUGGUACCGGCGGAACUCCCCCAACGUCGUCAUCGUCUAUGCUCGCGGAUCUGUCGGGGCCUAACAGCUCGGGCAGUGGAUCUAUGCAGGCGCCCUUGCUGUGCUUUGAGGACCUGCAGUGGACUCCUGAUGGGCGCAUUUUGAGCGUGAGCUCGCACAAUGGUUGUUUGCACAACUUCAUGAUCCUCAGCUCGGCGCUGCGGUCUUCGUUGUUCGACCUCGACUCUCCUUUUGCAGCAGUUCUGAAGCCCAUUGCACCCUGGACGAUGCUGUUCACCAUGGGCUUCAUGGUCAUCGCCGUGCUACUUGUGAUCAGCAUGCAAUUCCAGGUGUCAUGCAUGGACGUCAUUCGUGCUAUGACGGGUUUUGUUGAAGGGUUAUGA